GCAUUGGUAUUUAUGGGUAUAUGUGGGGAAGAAAAGCGGUAACAUCAAAACACCAAUGAAAAACCUUAUUUCCUAACCAAUCUUCUCCUUCACAGUAAACAUCUCAUCUCACACAGUUAAGAGAUGGCUGCAGAUGUAGGAUGCUGUGGAACUAAAUUCUGGCUAUACAUAUUGAUGAUCAUAGGAUUAGUAUGCUUCGCUGGUCUUAUGGCUGGUCUCACUCUUGGACUCAUGUCUUUAGGUCUCGUCGACCUUGAAGUUCUCAUCAAAUCUGGUCGCCCUCAACAUCGCAUCCAUGCCGCCAAAAUUUUCCCAGUUGUUAAGAAUCAGCAUCUUUUGCUUUGUACUCUUUUGAUCGGAAAUUCCUUGGCCAUGGAGACUCUUCCUAUUUUUCUUGAUGCUAUUGUGCCACCCUAUGCUGCUGUCUUGAUUUCGGUUACCCUAAUUCUCAUCUUCGGAGAGAUAUUGCCUCAAGCUGUUUGUACACGAUAUGGAUUGCUGGUUGGAGCUACGCUAGCGCCGCUUGUUCGUGUUCUUCUUUUAGUAUUCUAUCCCAUAGCUUAUCCCAUAAGCAAGGUGCUUGAUCGAAUGUUGGGUAAAGGAAAAGCUGCUCUGUUAAAGAGGGCGGAGCUUAAGACUUUUGUGGAUUUUCAUGGGAAUGAGGCUGGGAAAGGAGGAGAUUUAACGCAUGACGAGACAACCAUCAUAGCCGGUGCGCUUGAAUUGACUGAAAAGACUGCAAAAGAUGCCAUGACUCCCAUAUCAAAGGCAUUUUCCCUUGAUUUGGAUGCAACUCUAAAUUUGGAGACCCUGAAUUCAAUAAUGACAAUGGGUCAUAGUAGAGUCCCAGUUUAUGCGGGAGAGCGGACAAACAUUAUGGGACUUGUUCUGGUUAAAAAUCUCUUUAUGGUUGAUUCAAAGGCUGCAGUUCCUCUAAGAAAAAUGAUCAUCAGAAAAAUUCCUCGUGUUUCAGAGAAUAUGCCUCUGUAUGAUAUACUGAACGAAUUUCAGAAGGGUCACAGUCAUAUUGCAGUUGUAUAUAGGGAUCUAAAUGAUAAAAAAGAAAUAUCCAAAAAAAUUAAGAAUGAGGAACAACUAGAGUUCAAGGACAGCUGUAGGAACAAGGGAAAAAGUGCUCCCUUGGAUAAAGGUACAGUGUUGGACUCGCACGAUACUGUGACUGCUGGUAGCAAGACUGACGGCGGUCCACAAGUGAAAAAAAGUCCACCAGCAACGCCUGCUUUUAAAAAGCGGCAUAGAGGUUGUUCAUAUUGCAUUCUGGACCUUGAUAAUGCUCCCUUGCCCGUGUUUCCACCCAAUGAAGUGGUUGUUGGUGUUAUUUCAAUGGAGGAUGUAAUCGAAGAGCUUCUUCAGGAGGAGAUACUUGAUGAAACUGAUGAAUAUGUUAAUAUCCAUAACAAGAUUAAAGUUAACAUGAAUGCUUCUAAGGAGAAGGUUCCUGAUGCAAAUCUGUUGCAGCCUUCUAAUUUAGCAGUUCAAGGACACACACCAACUAAUUCGAUUUCUACAGCUACUUCUGCAACUGGUUCACCUACCACCAUUGAUCAAAUAUCGGAAAGUGAGUCACUCAGGAAUCAAUGAUUAAUCCAUUAAAAGAAUAACAGAGUAACAUAGGUUUCUGUUGAAGAACAAAACGGUAUAUAGUUUGUUGCAAAAGCUUUCCUAUAUGGCAUUAUGUUAAUAUGCAGAAAAGAACACUGAUGCUUGCUAGUUUGGUGCAUACAGCAAAACAGAACGUGUUCAACUUCUGUUCUAUUAUCUUUUUUUUCAUGCCUUUUUAAGAAACUAAAACACAUCACAUUUUUUAUCUCAAAUCUAGUUCUGUUCUAUUUUGAAAUGCACAAAAUAUAUAACAGAACAGAUAUUAUGUUUCAUCUUGUUCUAAAGUCUUACUAAAUGCGUGUGUAAAUACUUCUGAUUCGUGAUAUCCUGAAGAGAAUUGUUGUGCAUUUGUAUCGUAC